AUGUUUGGGAGGGUCGGCCGAACUAGUUUUGAAGAGCCUCAAAACUCCUCCCUCCCACACUUCCCCACUCCUGCAGGCACCAUUUCGCGGUACUUCAACUCGGCAGAGCAGCUGAUCACAGUCAUGUUUGGGAGGGGCACCAUUUCACCGUACUUCAACUCGGCUGAGAAGCUGAUCACUAUCAUGUUUGGGAGGGAGGGUGGGCAAAGCUUGUGUGUUGUGGCGCCUCAAACCAAACCUCCUCCCGCUGCUCCCCACUCUUGUUGCUCCCCACUCUUGCUGCUCCCCACUCUUGCUGCUCCCCACUCUUGUUGCUCCCCACUCUUGCUGCUCCCCACUCUUGCUGCUCCCCACUCUUGCCGCUCCCCGCUUCCGUUGCUCCCAUUCCCGCUGCUCCCCAACCCCACAGUGCCCGGGUUUCAGGGCACCAUUUCACGGUACUUCAACUCGGCAGAGAAGCUCAUCACAAUCAUGUUUGGGAGGGUCGGCCACGCUUUCAAUGCUCUCAACUACACCGUACAAGUCUCCCCAGUAAGCUCUUGGUACCGCACUGCACCGUACUGGACACCGCACUGUGCUGGUCACGCAGAGAAGCUGAUCGCAAUCAUGUUUGUGAGGGUCGGCCACGCUUUCAAUGCCCUCAACUACACUGUGCAGGUCUCCCCGGCAAGCGAGGGCACCGACAAGUGUUACAACGGCCCGAAGCAGCUCCCUGAAAUCAACGCGUGCUGCGACCCGCUCCCCGUCACCCCCGACUGCCCCAUCCCAAAGCUCAACGUCUCCAUGCACCCGCAGACCCUGCCUUUCAUCGGCCGGACCAUUGCCGAUCCCUCCUGUCCGACCGCGCAAAGCAGAGCCAGUGCUGCUGAUUCUUCCUCUAUGGGCUCGCCUCCAUCUCCUCCCCCACCCAAGUCAGCCGAACGUACCAGCCUAGUUUCUGGGGUGGUGGGAUUCAGCCUGUAUCCGCUGGCAGCUGCUGCUUCUUUCCUACUUGUCAUGUAA